UGCAUGGAGCUGGGAGGGGCCUCCUUGUCUGUUGCUGGAACAGAGAUCAUUAGUUUGGGAGAAAAGUUAGGCACGAGAAAAACUGUUUAUGUGCUGCACAGCAUAUCCGGUAGUCAGUUUGGGCUACUACAGACAGUGGUAGGGUAAAAGAUCUGUCAAGAGGACAUUUGUUUUGAUUAAGUCUUCUUGGCGAGUAUAGUUAGUAUAGGCAGGAGCUUUUGGAAACGUGUUACUGUGCAGCUCUGGCAAAUUGAAAGCUUUUGGAUCAGCAGCAGGCUACAGAUACUGAGAGGAAGAGGGAGCUUAUGGACCAACUCCAAAGGAAGGCUAUGGGAUAGGCUGCCUCACAUUCUUGCUGUCCCUCUCAAUCCCCCACUCCGGACAUCCUGCCUAACGCCCGCUCUGCUAGGCAUGGAGAACUCCACUGCUGUGGCCUUAAAUCCAACACCUGACCUGGUGAAACAAGAAGCCAUGACACAACCCACAACAACCAAGUCUCCUCCUCCAUCACAUCUAUCCCUCUGCUCCAGAGAUAACAGGGCAGAUGUGCUAGCACCCACAACCUCAAACUGGGGUCUGGCAGCGAGAAUGGAUGUUGGUCCUGGAGGACAGCUGUCCAGUAACAACAUGGACGAUGGAUACUUUGAUGCCAUACUAGGAGCUGUCAUUGCUGCUGUGGUUCUGGUGCUUCUUUGUCUGGCUGUGGUGGUGAUUCGCUACAUGUACAGGUACAAGGGCACCUACCACACUAACGAGGCCAAGGGCACUGAGUUUGCCGAAACAGCGGAUGCGGCGCUCCGGGGUGACCCUGCUCUGCAGGACGCCAUGGAUGAGAGCAAGAAGGAGUACUUCAUCUGAUAUCAGGCGCGGUGCCACCUGCUGUUUAUUAUGGACUUAAAUUUUUUUGGGGAGUCUCAAAAGAAAUGUAUCGAGUGUUCUGGAGUUUGAGUAUAUAAGCUUGAAGAGUGGGGGGGAAAUGCCCUCACUGUACUUAAGGGAAGAAUGUCUAGCCAAACGUCUCUGUUUGCCUACUGAGGCUCAGAGUGACUGUUAAGACAACAAUUCACCAAAAACACUGUCUAUUUUCCAAUAAUAUCCAUUCUCUGUUCAACAUAUUUGGCAUAACACUAAACAGAUACUUUUCUAAACAUUGACUUUUUCUAUUAGAAGGCUCUAUUUGUCUUGUAGACCAUCUUCCCAUGGGGAACUGUCAGCAUAAAAGCCUCUUGAGGAUCUAAGGCACACAAACACCUAUGCCUUCUGUGAAAAAUCGAGAACACUGACUUGGAAUAUACAAACAGCUGUUGAAUAUUUUCAAAGAUGCCUUUGAUAAUUGUACUGACAUAGAACUUCUCUGAAAGCUAUAGAUAUCUGUAUUAACUAACGAUAUUGAAACCAAAGCAUGAGACAUCGAAGAUGCUUCUCAACAAAUUGUCAAAAUUGUCAGCAAGUUCAAAUGUUCUCAAGUGCACUGAUAUAGAGGAAAUAUGGAGAACAUGAAUUUAGCAACUUUAACAAAUAACUCCAUCAAUAUGUCUGGUUGGCUCCAGAUGUAAAAUUAAAUACUUUCUGGUUCAGGAGUAAAAUUACACAUUUUGUGAACGCCCUGAACUUGUGAGUGUCAUGAUCUUACAGCAAGUACAAGUGUUCUAAUGGCAUUUUCUCUCAAGCAACCCGUCCAUUGAUUAAAGUAAAUUCCAAGUAUACUGAUAUGCUAUUUAGAUAGAAACAACAAAACCACACAUUGAGAUCUUUCCAUCAUGGUUUAGGCCUAAUAAAGUACACACAUUAGUAAUAAAAUAAUGACAUUACUCAAUUCUUCAGAUACUGCAGAGUUUGUCUCUAUAAAAUAAUUUCAAUGAAUAUUGGUGCAGAAGUCAUUGAUGUCUGAGGCUGGAUUAGUUAUGAUCUGGUCAAGGCCAUUUGGAACUUUUCUUUUUGAGACUUCACGUUUCCAUGCAGUUUAUUUAAUUAGAUUUUGUUAAGCACAACCUUGUCCAAUAAAUAUUUUUAUAUCUACUUACAUUAGGCUUUUUAGACCCUUGAAAUCCUCAGUCUAAAGAACUUUCACCAUACACAAAACUGAUCGGAUGAUAGGAUGGUCUAUAUCCACCUACUUGUGUAGCUGAAUAUUCAUUGUCUACUAUAAUCAAAUCAGUGUUAUGACAUCAUGCAGAGUACCAAAAUCCCACAUAAAUAAGCUGACUCCAGGCAAUUCUUCACAAAAUGUGUUCUUACACAUAAUGUGAACUCUUUCAGAGUGUUAUUCUGACCAUAUAGUGUGGAAAUACCAUUGAAAUUAGACACAUUCUUCUUUGGGAGGGGGGUUGAGUGUCAACUAAAUCUAUUGUGUUGGAAAUUGCAACUGCAAAUAUGCCUCUGGAGCACCAAAUCUCAAUUUAAUUUCCCUACUCCCUUUGCUCUUCUCUACUGACUUUGAUUAAUGUGAAGACUCUGCAGACCUUUCCUUUGUUUCCAAUGAUUGCAAUGUUUUUAAAUAAAAUAAAUGAGAGUUG